AUGCACAGAAGAGUCUUUCGACGGAUAUGUCGGUGUCCGUCCAUCGACUCGGCUUAUCCCGUAGCACGGCGAAGUUGUCGUGAAUUUCACAAAUCAUCCUCAUGGCUCCAGGGCGAAACUCAAACUCCAGCCGGUAACGGUGAAAAUAAUGGCAAGUCGACUCCUUCGCAAUCCACAUCUCGUCCAUUGUUCAAACCGAAGCUCGGCGGCGCAUGGGGUGCGAAACUUUCAACACCGAGAGGUCCAGCUACUCUGACAGCUGCCGAGUUGGCCAGUCGACAUGCCCUCAAAGCAGCUGCUCCGCCACCGGAACUACUGAAGCCCGAAGAGGAUACACCUGCUGCUUCGCAAACACUUGUCUCCGGAAGGGUGUCAUGGGGAGGUUUGAAAUCGACAACUCGGAGAGCUCCAGCUAGCCUUACAGCCGCCGAAUCAGCAAGCAGAAAGGCCAUAUCAGCAGCUCCUUCGACGCCACCGUUGGAACCCUCGAUACCCAAGAAUCCUAUUUCCAGACAACGAAAGAAUUGGAGAUGUCCCCUCUGCCAACUUGUGUGUUACGGACAGAGAGAUGUUUGCCCGAAAUGUGGAACACCCCAUCCUAAUCCACCUCCACCGCCCAAGCUCGAUCCUGAAACACUCGGAGAGAACGUUUUGAAUGAAUGGCGAAAGGGCAAUGUCCGUUCACGAAAAAGAGAGGGCUCCAUCAAAUUGAAAAGGAUUGCGAUCGACCGUCUACCGGUCGAAAGAUAUGAAGAGUCCAAUGAAGAUCAAACGCCACUUGAAGAAUCGCCCAUUGCUCAGGACGAAAUUAAAGGCGCCGAACCUGUGGAGCAGGCGGAAGUACAGCCCGCAAAAGAGGAAAAAGGAGAUAUCAACGACUUUGACAAAUGGUUGGCGUCUUUAGAAGAACUGAAGAAAGCAGAAUUGCAGAAUAGCCAGCAGCCUCAACGAUCCGAUAAGGCUAAAGGCGUCAAGAAGCGUCGUUCUCGCGACGGCGAGGAGGACGAAUACGAUCCCGAGGAAAGACAAAAACGGAAGGAAAAACGCAAACACAAGCAAAGGCCUGCAGAAGUCGCUGAACCACAAAGGAGUCCAUUGUAUCUUCCCGAGUUUAUCAGCGUUGGCAAUCUUGCUGAUGUUCUUGGCAUUCGACAAGCCGACUUCAUCGACCACUUGGAGGAUGUUGGAUUUGAAGGAGUGGUACACAGUCACGUGCUGGAUGCAGAAACGGCUGGKCUGAUUGCAGAAGAGUACAAUUUCGAUCCCAUUUUCGAGACUAGCGAGCAAGACCUGGUUGCUGCUCCUGAGCCUGAAGACAAAUUCGAUUUGCCACAACGGCCACCAGUCGUGACGAUCAUGGGUCACGUUGACCAUGGUAAAACUACGCUUUUGGAUUGGCUCCGAAAGUCUUCUGUCGCUGCUUCUGAACACGGUGGUAUUACUCAACACAUUGGUGCUUUCUCUGUGGUCAUGCCGUCUGGAAAAUCCAUCACCUUCCUGGACACGCCGGGCCAUGCUGCUUUUCUGGAUAUGCGGCGAAGAGGUGCCGAUCUGACAGAUAUUGUGAUCUUGGUAGUCGCGGCAGACGAUAGUGUAAAACCACAAACAAUUGAAGCUAUCAAGCAUGCCAAGCAAGCCAAUGUUCCGAUGAUUGUCGCCAUCAACAAGAUGGACAAGGAAGGCGUGAACCCUGAAAAGGUCAAGCAAGAUUUGGCUCGUCACAGUGUUGAUGUGGAGGAUUACGGUGGAGAUGUCCAAGCUAUCCCUGUCAGUGGAAAAACCGGACUGGGUAUGCUUGACCUUGAGGAAGCGGUUGUGACACUAUCAGAAAUGUUGGAUCAUCGUGCUGAUGUGAACUGUAAUGCUGAGGGAUGGGUGGUUGAGGCGACCACGAAAAAGGCCGGCCGAGUUGCCACUGUUUUGGUGAAGCGCGGCACAGUCCGCCCAGGGGAUAUUCUCGUCGCUGGUACCACCUGGACUCGUAUCAAGACUUUGAAGAACGAAGCUGGUGCUUUGAUUAAGGAGGCUACCCCCGGGAUGCCUGUCGAGAUCGAUGGAUGGCGAGAGCAGCCUGAAGCAGGUUCCGAAGUAUUGCAAGCUGCUAGCGAGCAGCGUGCCAAGGAUGUUGUCGAUUACCGUCUGGAACGAUCAGAUAUCAAGAAGCUAGGCCAAGACACAACCGCAAUCAACGUCAGUCGUAAAGAAACCCUUGAACAACGACGCCGAUCUAGCGACGAUGAAAGUGCCGAGGAUACGGAGACACCGACAGGUCCCAAGCAGAUCAAUUUCAUUGUCAAAGCAGAUGUGUCAGGCUCUGUUGAAGCCGUCGUUAACUCCGUUAGUGGUAUCGGCAACAACGAAGUCCUAGCACAUAUUCUUCGUUCGGGUGUCGGUCAAGUCACGGAAUUCGACAUCAAACACGCCGCAACCUCCGAAGCCAGUAUUGUCAACUUCAACUCCGCUGUUGAUCCUAUGAUUUCGCGCAUGGCCGAAGCCCAGGGCGUCAGCCUGAUGAAUCACAAUAUCAUUUACGAAUUGAUUGAUGACGUCAAAGCGAAACUGAGUGAACAUCUCCCACCGAAUAUCACGUACCGUGUCACUGGCGAGGCUGAAAUCACUCAGCAAUUUGAAAUUACCAUCAAGGGCCGAAACAAGACCUUAAUUGCCGGCUGCAAAGUCCGUAAUGGUGUCAUCAGUCGAGGCAAGAAAGUGCGUGUUUUGCGAGAUAAAGAAAUUAUCUACGAAGGAUCCCUCACAUCCCUGCGCAACGUCAAAAAGGACGUUACGGAAAUGCGCAAAGAUACCGAAUGCGGUCUCAGUUUCCAAGACUGGUUCCAAUUCCAAGUCGGUGACCAUGUACAGUCUUAUGAAGAAGUCGUUGAGAAAAGAUAUCUUCAUUAA